AACCCAACAACUUUCUCCUAAGCAUCCAGCCCGAUCUCGUGAAAAUUAGAUAUCUACAUGGCUGCAAACGCGCAGGAGGAAUUCAAGUGCCCGGAGUGCGAUGUACAUGCAUCGCAUAGAGCACUACUAGAGCAUCUCUGGGUGCAUCGCGGGACGCAAUUCUCCAACCAACACGAUAGGACCCACAAAUGUCCUUACCCGGAUUGUGGCACAUCCUUAGCUCGAUCAUCUGGUUUGACGCUUCACUUCAAAGCACACAUCGGCAUGAAGGACCAGGUCUGUCCGCAUUUGACUGAUUCUCGUCCGGGGAAUAGGUCUCUCUGUGGGUUCCAAACUGUCUACUCAACUUCAUUGGGUAAACACCGGGAGACUAUGCAUGGCUGGAAUAGGAUCACAUCGCGCUCGGUAGACCCCUGGAUGGACGACUUGACUGGAAACAUCGAGGCCGCUGAACUGAAAGGCGGUGAUCUUACAUGGACAGCGGUACUCAAAAUGAAAGUUGAUAAACUCAAUUCCCUCGAGUCAUCUAACUCCGCCAUGAGUUCCGAGCCCGAAUCGUGCAGCAUUCAUCGGUGGAUCAGAGAUGUUGCUCAUCGUCGGGAAGCAGGUGACUUGCAUGAUGAAACACCAGGCCCAUUGGUUCAGAACAUCGCGAGCCCUGCUCCUGGAGCUCUUACUACCAGACUUCCGAUCACCCUCACUGAAGAAUAUCUGAAACGGGUUGGGUAUGAACGGGUCUGGUAUCUCGAAUACGAAUGGAUCUGGCAGCUCAAAUACUAGAUGGUGGGGUGACAAGAAUUCACGCAUCGCACACUUCCUCUGUUUUGAGCGAUCAACCACAACACUUUCCAGUGAUAUCAGAAUGUACAAAGUUCCGUCUGGGUUCUAUCUUCGCUAGCUGGUGCAUUUCUGCCACGCCAACAAUACGUCAACAUUUUUCUUCCGUCCCAGUCGAGUAUCAUGAUUCCCCUUAUGUCCCAUGUCCCAAAAUUAUGCAUACAUUUCUUGCCCGAAUUGUGUCUAUUUUCACCCACGAAUAUGAUGUAAAUUUCACUUUGCCAUCUCAUUUUCGUCCCGUAGAAUGUCAGAUCGAAUUGUCUACUUCGUCUAGAAUUGUGCUCU